UUAGUCAGUUUCCUUUCGUGCCAGUGAUCCCGCGGUGAUCCUGCGAUGCGAUUUGACGACGACAACUCGGCCGCGUAAAGAAAAAAAAGUCCUGGCUCGAAAUUCUACGUAUUUAACGGGUGGAUCCCAUAUCGGUUGUGAACAAGUUUGAGGGGUGGGGGGAAGAUUUGUAUCGAGAGAGAGAGAGACGACUAAAAAUCGUAGUAGUUUCAAAGUGAUCCACGUGCGUCGAAUCGCGCAGCGAAAUGGAAUAGAGUGAUAUAUAGGAAGCCGCCUAAUAACCGUAAUUGGGAAUCGCGGUCGAUCGAUCGGUGAUCUUCGACGCGAAAUAAUUAAAAAGGCACUUUGUGACAUCGGAUCCUCGUUGUCGACGACCGACGGAUCUUCGAACGAGAUUGAUCGUGCGGCCGAUAAACUCGCGGAGACAAUUACUUAUGUCGCGACCCUGCUCCGGAACCUCCUCGAUCAGUUAAUUAGAUCUUCCGGUAUGUUUUACCGCAAUCGGCGGUGACUGCAGUGAAAGUAAACUCGGUAUCUCGAUUCAUCCGUAGCGCGAUUAGCGCCUCAGUGCCUACGAAUCCAACCGAGUGACCCGUUAUCGUUAUCGUGAAAAAGUGAUCCAUUCACCUCCCAUUCUCGAGGAGGUCGCUCUGUGUCGCAUAGAGCGACCUUUUAAUAAGUGACAAUUGUGAAAACGCUUUUUUUUCUCUCCUGGGAAUUCGCUCUUUGACUGUCUUUUUCCUUUGUCUUUCGUUUCUUUUCGUUUUCACUGCGAAGAUCGAAGGCCUCUUCGCAGCUGGACGUUGACAAUUGAGGGAUACGCAUUCAACGAAGAUGACCGUGGUUAUGGAGAGAACAAACACUAUUGUUACGUGGCCAUCGAGACUGAAGAUCGGAGCAAAGUCGAAGAAAGAUCCGCACAUAAAAGUGGCGGGACGAUUAGAUGAUGUACGAUCAGCGAAGGAGAAGAUAAUGGAAAUUUUGGACACACGGCAAAGUAAUAGAGUGACCAUGAAGCUGGACGUUAGUUACACCGACCAUUCGCACAUCAUUGGCAAAGGCGGCUUGACAAUUAAACGAGUGAUGGAGGAAACCGGCUGCCACAUCCAUUUCCCAGACAGCAACCGCAGCAAUCACCAAGACAAGAGCAAUCAGGUCUCCAUCGCUGGUGAGAUGGAGAGCGUCGAACGCGCCCGCGCUCGUGUCAGGAAUCUGACGCCUCUGAUCUUUUCCUUCGAGCUGCCUAUAAUGGGCGCUUCGCAGAGCAUGCCAGAUUGCACCUCGCCGUACGUGGUGAAGAUACAAGAGAAGUACAACGUACAGGUGAUGUUUCGCACAAGACCGAAGCUGCACGCUACGCUGGUGGUUGUCAAGGGAUGCGAGUGGGAGGUUGCCCAAGUCAAAGAAGCGACGUAUCUGCUGAUCCGUUAUAUGUGCAAAAAUUUAGCUAGUCAAAUCCAAGUACAAAUGUCGAUGGAGAUCUCACCCCAACACCAUAGCAUUGUGCUAGGGAAACAGAGUAGCAAUCUGAAGAUGAUAAUGCAGCGUACCGCCACGCAGAUUAUGUUCCCGGAUGCCGGCGAUCCAAAUAUACCCAGCCUCAAAAAAAGCAACGUCACUAUUACUGGCGACAUAAACAAUGUUUAUUUGGCCAGGCAACAGUUAGUGGGCUCGUUACCACUGGUACUUAUGUUCGAUCUGCCGGAAGACUCUAUGACCGCUUCUGUGGAUACCGAAAAGAUCUCCCAGCUCAUGCAAUCUCUGGACGUGUUUAUCAACGUUCGUCACAAGCCGAAACAGAGUACGCUUUCCGUGAUUAUCAAGGGAAUCGAGAGAAAGGCUAGUAAUAUUUACAAGGCACGAAAGCAGUUGUUGGGACUGGACGAGCCUAUGGUUGUCGCCGAUAUACCGGUUACUUAUCACAUUCCGAAUGCUGGCAAUGUUUUUCAAGGCAAUUCCAAUAACGAUGGCUCCACUAACAAUCUGAUCAGCGGCGUACCGGAAAACUUCUCGAGCAUGUUAAAUGUAAACACGCAAAAUUCACCGUACUGCGUAUCACCGAUCUCGCAUUCACCGAAUUCUUUGGGAUUGUCGUCACACUGGGGCCUCCCUCAUCAUUAUAUUCAGUCGAUGUGUCCGUAUCCCUACUCUGGCUACUCUCAUUUGAAUCACCUGCUGACGACGCAACAAAUGCUGCACAACAAUAUGAUGGGAUCUUCUCACGGGCCCCAUGGAUUAUCGAACCACGUGAUGCCUCCCGGUCUCGGAGCGUUUCACCAUAACAAUGUAUCGACCAACUUUUCCGGUAUCCACGGUCUGAACGCCAAUUCGUUAAUAGAUAGCAAAGACGGUAGCAGCGCCUAUUCUUCGCUAAGCAGCGUUUCUAGCUCCCUAUCUAGUCCUGCCAUCAGUCCUCGUAACAUCUCACCAGUCAACCCUACGGAUGCUAAUACUAACUUAGCGGAUCUAACUAGCAUGUUGUCCGAUUUACCGGUUGCGGAUCGACGUGCACCUGGUUGCGAGAAGAAAUCACUCGAGAUGGCUGCACAGCAGAAUUUCACGCCCUUCGACUAUGAGCAAAAGAAACUGCUGGCUACAAGGGCGAUGCAGAAUAAGUCAAGCAACAACGAUUUCCGUGUACCAACGUCCGCUUGGUCCGGUUAUGGCCUCAGCCAAAGUAUUCCGUCCAUAACUACGAGUGAUUUAAGCAAGGAUCUGCCACAUCCUUCAGACUUGUGGAAAGAACCAACUACGCCGGUGUUCAAUACCGAUAUGGAUUUCGGUGGUAUUAUCUCGAGCAAAGACCGCGUUGGACAGAUUGGGAUGGCUUCAAAUUAUAUGGAUCACACGCCGACCUCCCAUUUGAACAAAAUUACAUCGUCCCAUCGCUACAAUGAUCUGGGCAGCAUGUUGACUAGUAUCGGGUUGGAGAAAUAUAUACGCCUGUUCACGUCUCACGAGGUGGACAUGGCCACGUUUCCUUCCCUGACAGAGAAGGACCUAUUCGAAAUCGGAAUUACCGCAUGGGGUGCGAGGCGCAAAAUAAUGCUAUUAAUAUCUGAAAUGAACAAACGCACUAGUCCGUUCUCUGGAAGCGCUGCGCCCGGCGCUGAACGGAAGGCAUCCUCGUCGUCGGCGCCAACGUCGUCGUCGAUGGGCAAAUGCAAUUUGGACACCAAAUGGUAAAAAGUAAAACAAUCGCGUGUAUGUUAUUCGUUCCGAACGCAAUGACGCGUUCAGUCAGCGCUCUCGAUCUCGGAGAUCCGUUGCACAUCGAUCGAAAUUGCGGAAACAGAUACGUACUUAAUAAUGCCGAUCGCGUGCGUAAUUGCGGGGGACCAUUACCCUGUUACAUCGGUCAUUCGGACGGAACACACACGCGGAUUUACGGAAAAAUCAAGAAGGCUAUCUGGCUAUUCAGCUUGUGAGAAACUCGACGGAUGCAGUACAAAUAGCCAAAUAGUUUGCAUGUUAAUGAUUUAAUUACUUAAGUAUCAGGAGAAAGUUAUUUUUGUGACCGAGACUGGCUGUAUUAUUUUUUUUCCUCAUUUUUUUUUUCGCUGUUCUCGGCGCGCGGCGCGGAAGGUGCCUUAGGAUUAGUCAUUAUUAUUUUCGCAGUCUUUGUUCGUUAUCCAAGAUGGACAUUCGCGUCGUUAUCGUUUCGUCCUUGUUAAUAAGUUUUUCAACGUGAAUCUUAGCAAUAUAAUCAAUUCUGCGAUCUAAUUAAGUCUUAUAAAGCAAAGCGCGUCAGUUGCGCGGCGAAAAAGAAUCAUGUAAAAUUGUGUUUAAAACUUUCACGAAACGUCGACGCGCGCGUCCUAUUCGUUACAUCGUGUGGUGAUUCGCUUGAUGACCGGGUGAUCGGUACGUGUGAGUGAAUGUGCGUGUAUGUGUGUGCAUGGAACACCGGGCAUAAGUGUUUCAAGUAAAAUCUAAAAAAAAAAAAUCAAAAAGGAGUUUAUAUCAGGUACUAGAAAUUUAAAAUGAAAUGCGAUGGGCGAGGGAUGUCCCGUGUGUUCAGCGGUCUUUCGUCCUAGUAAAAAAUUCACAUAUAUUUAAUUCAGACUAAGCUCGAAUGCAACCGUGGGUCCGCCGAAACUGUAUUCUUAAUUGAAACCGUCGGAAUAAGCGAUCGAUGCUAAUCAGAUUCGACGUCGCGCGACGAACAAAUGCGGUUUGCGGUAGGACUUUGCAUGAGGUUGCGAUCUCGAGUUUUACAAAGUAAGUAUAAGUUGCAAAGUAUUUAUUAAUUAUUUCGCGAAAGACGCUGGACGCACGUCAAACAAUGGACCGCAAGAACUUUUCGUGUAAAGCAUGUGUUGAAGACAGAACGGUGUAAAAUGGUUUCUACAGCGCAAAUAUUCCAUGUGUCACUCUCCGCGCAACCGAUACUUUUCGAGGAGUCAAUUGAAUCGGGUAGCGAUACUAAAUUACAAUUUACGACGACGAUCAUCGUGUUAAUUAUAGGAAGCCUUCGUUAUUAAAUUAACUCUAAACUUGGCAGAGUAAAAAAAAACGAAUUUGAAAUUGUAUCAUAGCGAAAGAUAUAAAAACUCUAUAUAUAUAUCUAUAUAUAUAUAUGUAAAAACUAUAUAUAAAAACGUUCAUAAGUUGAUAUUCAGAUAUACAAAACUGCUAUCUCUCUUUAAUGCAAUUCUUUUUUUCCUAAGAUUUAUUUAUGACAUAAUAAUACGAAUGUGAUGAUUUAGACGACGUAUGCAAGUAUGAUUUAUAUAGACGCAUUUAAAAACGAUAUAUUGCCAAGUUUAGAUUCUUCCGAUUAUCCUCGCACGCAGAGAGCUCCAUUGGCCGCAGUCGAUUUCGCAAAACGAUUGUUUUAUAGACAUAAGAUAUAUCUCGUUCUCGGUAAUAAUUUAUUCGAAUUUUUAAGCGUUAUUUUUGUUAAUUUUUUUUUGGAACAAAGGAAUGAAAGCGUUAGGUAAAUUAGUUCUUGAGUCACGUGCAUUAUUAUUCAGAUGUCAAUGUAGCAUAUCGAACUAGAAUCGAAGAAGAAAGUACGAUUAUUUUGCAGAGAAAAAAAAAUCGAUUCUCUCGUGAAAUCUUUGAAUCGCGCGAUCAUAGACCACGAUCGUCAAUCUCGAGAAUCGUCAGAUUCCUAGAAAAGAGUAGAGAUUAAAAGAGGACCGAAUCGCGCGAUCGAGCUGAUCGAACAUGUGCCUAACGAAAGAUUUUACUGCGAAGAGUUCUUGACUAAGUCUUUUGCGAAAUCUUUUUAAGCGUAAAUUAUUUAUGCGCUCGCGAGAUAGAUCGGAACAUUAAGAGGAAUAAGUUAAUGAGAAUUAAGAAUAUUUCGCAAAUACGUGUGAUAUAAUCUUGGACUGUUUGGUUCUAUUGUCCGUUUUCUUUUUUUUUUUUUCGUUCAAUAGUGAUAAUAACGAUGAUCUAAAACAGAAAGGUCCCAAGAUUUUCCAGGACGAUCCGGUCGUCACGAGAGCUGUAGGAUUAACAAUUGCAGAACAAAUAGAUGAAGAUGAUAUGCCGCGAAACUCGUUAGCUGUACAAAAUAAUCUAUAGAUUUUGACAAUUUUACCGUUUAAGAGGAUAAUUCGUGAAUUUAAAUUUCAAUAUUUAUAGAUGUCCCGUUAGCAGUUAACUUACUUUAUCAGAAAAAUUCUAAAAUUUUUAGUAGGGAAACGGGGGGUAGCCCCGGACAGUGGGUAGCCCCGGACAUUAUUGAAAUUCAAGUAUACCGCGUAUCUAUGGCCAUUACGUAUCUCGACAUAUGCAGAAUAAACAAUGGCCAUAGAUAUGCGGUAUACUUAAGUUUCAAUAAUGUCCGGGGCUACCCCCCGUUCCCCUAACAAGAUUCUAAAACAACACUUUGUUAGAAAUUGUGAAAUAUUAUAUUAUAUAUUAUAUUUGUGACGGCAUAAUUUUUAAAGAAUUUCAUUCGUAUUAAAUCUCAUUGAUAACGACAAUUGGUACGAUCUUAAAUUUCAGAGAAGUUUAAAAGACGCUUAGAAAAACUUUAAAGACAAGAUGAAUUUUUUCUAUUCGAAAAAAUUAAGACCUUUUUGAAUAAUUUCUACAGAGUUCUUUAAAUUUUUAUGUUGUCUAAAUGCUGCAUAUCACCUUUAUCCAAUUGCGCCUGCACUUAUGCUGCCUUAGGGGCUGCGUUCUCUUAUAAGGGGCAAAAGGUAAUGGUUUUUGUGGCAGCGAUGAUCGUUAUCUAUAAAAAAAAGGGUUUUGAUUGGUAAAGGGUUUUUCAAAACGAUAAUCACCAAGGAAAAUAAACGUAAGCAUGUAAGCAUGAAGUGUGCGCGACUGAACGAAUAUCAUGUGUAAUAUAUCCAUUGUCGCUGCGGAUAAAAUGUACACGUAUCGCAUAAUCGUGAAUCAACGAAGCAGCGCAAGCGUCCUCGAGUCUAAAAAACCAUUCGUUCGAAGGUCGUUGGCAUUUCGUUUCUUACACAGGGUACCUCAAAAUUCGAGAAUUUGAAAAGAGCAAAAGUUGAAAAAAAUUCAAUUAAAAACAGAAAGUAACAGAAAGAGAGAAAAAAGCCUUCUGAUUUCGAGGAAUCUUUCAGGCCUCUUUUCUCGACACUUAUUUUUUGUACUUGCAAUUUUCGAAAAUCGUGCGACUAUAGAAUUCGAGAUGAAAACACCCUGUGUAUUAUACGGUGAGAUCGUCCUUUUGCCAGCCAAUAAUCGACGGUUUCUCUGCCUAGUCCUAAGAAGAAAUCUGUCAAUGUUCCUACGUGAAUACGCACUGAUCCCGUGCAAUGUUUAGUGUAUACGGGUAAAAUAUAGGUAUAGUCGCGGAAAUUAGCGUUAAAAAAGAGAGGGAAAUGCGCGUGCGAGGAGAAGAACAACGACGACGACGACGACGACAAACAAAGAGUUUCUAGUUAGCGUUCUCGCGAGCGUUUCGGUUAACGCAGAAUCGAUUUACAUCGGGAAGAGAGAAGAUACACCUACAAACUGUAAAACCAGUUUUCUUCACUACCACUUUUCUCUAGUCCCUACUCACUUGACAUUUUUUGCAUCCAGCAAAUAACAUGACAUAUACUUCUCUCUCUCUCGAAAAAAGAAAGAAAAGCAAAACGAGGAUGAGAUCAGCCUAGAGUCAGCUGAUAUGCGUAUAGUCAAUUGCGCUCGAACUCGCGCUUAAGAAACUUAUACGCGACUUGGAUCCCGUUGCGUUUACGAGAAUGCGCUGUAAAUCUUCGAAGUUGCAUAUCGCAAGCAUGUUUUUUUUUCACUGUGUCUUUGCGUCGAAAACGAAUCAUUAAUAUUGUUUCAUUAUAGCAAACUGUGGACUCGCUCUUUCCUACUUAACUCUUUAGAUUUGAACAAAUCGUUCGGAGUUAAAACGGAUUAAGCUUAUAAUUUGUGUGAUUGACGUCAAAUAUGGCUCAGUAUUUGAGAAUCUUACUCAAAUUAUGGAUUAAUCCGUUUUCGCUCCCAAUUUAGUGACUUUCAUUUUCUUGGUUUUUAAAUUUCCAUGAAAAAUGAUUUAUGGACUUGAAAAGGGAAAAAAAUAAUAGACCUUCUCUGAGAAUCUCGGGAAGAUUUAAAGUCCACAGGCCGUAUCGUUGUGCAACGAUUUUUCCACGUCUUAACGAUAGAUUUGCGAUUACUUAUAAAAUUCGAAGGUAUUCUCUUCGAUCAGAGAGAGGGUUCAGCGAUCUAAUCACACUUUUUAAAAAUUGCAGAAAAUUAAUCUCAAAGUUGCGGAAAUCAAAAUUUAACCUAAUCUGAUUUAAUUGCAAUUUAUAUUUCAAAUAUUAUUUGAAAUUAAGUCAAUUAAUCCAAUUUGUUGGAAUUAAAUCUAGUUUUAUUUUAACUCAUUGUAAUAUCGAUCGAUUGAGUUUCCUCAACCUUAUUAAUUUUCUCAAAUCUUUAAAAAGGCGAGAUAUGCACCGUAUUGCAUUGAAUCUUUUAUUUUUAUACAUAGUACAUCGCACCUUAUCUUGCCUGAAUGACAAGCUCGAAAAAUUGUGAAACGCAAGCGAUUCGGGAAAUAUGUCGAUCUCGUCCGAGAUGUAAUAUCGGUUUAAUUCAGCAGCUAUAAUGGCACUUAGGCGCAAACCGUUUCCACGUAUCAAUAAGUAUAAAUGCCUCGCACUAUUGUGUUCUCUCUUUCAUACUCGAAAUAUCAGGAAAUUGUGUUUUUCGCUUACCUAUUGUUAGCGAGACCAACAGUAAAAAUCGCUUCUCGGUACAGAAGGGACACUCUCUUGGGAUAGUGUAUCCUAAGAGAGCGAUGCCCUUCGUAUCGAUCUCUUUAGUAUCGUCGCUAAAGUGCCGGUAAAGAAUGCGGAGAGAAUAAUCAAGGAGUUCGUCCGAGGAAAGAAUGUACAAACGACAAAUAGCGGCAACUUUGAGAAAAGUAAGACACUUCCAAGUUUGAAUUCAAUUUUAAGAAGGAUAUGCGCGCGAUACACGCGCAAUUCGGGAAAGGAAUGGAAAAGAUAGAAUUGUGUAAUUUAAAUCAUGCUUCCCGUGCGUCUUAUUAUUUUCUUCGGGCGAACUCCGUUUCCGUUCGCGAUUAGUAAGAUUAAUGUUAGAGCGGAGCGCAAGUGUAAAACGCGGAUAUCUCAGGAAGUAAAUAACAAGCCCGAUAUUUUGAGAAGGGAUUUCUCACAGGACAAGAUGAAAGAAACCGCGCUAUACUCGUACUAUAAAUCCAUACAUUCCAGGGAAAGACGAUAAGAGUUCGGAUUCGAAUGAAAUUUGUAGUGUCGUAGGAGAGGCGGAUGGAAGGUGUUAAUUUAUGUGUAUGUGUUUCGCGUUUCCCCCCCCCCCUUUCUGUGCUAUAGUGUUUAUAAUGUUGUUUCUCGUGUAAUAAAUCCGGGGACGUGCCCGCCCAUCCAGCGCAGGUGCAGCAACUGAAUGAUAAGUUAAUCGAGAUGAAUGUGUGUCAUUAUUGCAUGUGUGAACAAUCGAUCCAUCAACCUGCGCGGCGGCAGAUGAAGCGUUUUAUAAUAUACAGCGCAGCAUAAUAUUUUUAUAUGAUAUAAUCUAAUCUAAUUUUGAUAUAAGAGCCAAGAGAGUAUGUAUUGAUCCAUUAUUGUUUGUUUCGGAAAAAAAGUAGAAAAAAAAAAAGAGGGUGUCGGAGGCCCCCCAAAUCCGGGAUUUGUUGUAUUGAAAUGAAGAAUAAAGAAGAUUUUGUAUAUUGCUAUUUUUAAUAAAAACAAAAUAUUAAUA